CUCCAAGUGAUACGUAUAGUUUGUGAGAAAAAAUGAAAUCCAAAUAUUAUUUAUUUUUAGAUCUAGUAUUUACGCUAGGUGUCAUAUCAGCGUUAACGGUACCAUUCAAUAUGACGGAGUAUUAUAUGCUUCCCCAGCUAUACAAAUAUGACGACUACGACCGUUGUUUGCAACAAUUAGAUACGAAAGCAGUUUAUUGUAUUGUGGACACUACCAUUAAGCCUAACGCAUCGGCCACAAUAUGGCCAUUGAUCGAGAAAUAUUCCAACGACACCAAAAGGAGCUUUCGACACGACCGCAUCCAGCGGGGAUUAUGCAUGAGCGGGUGCCAGCAAAUUAUGGGAAAGUACGACCACGAAACCCAGAUGAAAUACUAUUUGAAGCCGUUCAAUCAAACCAGUGAAAUAACGUUCGAUCGCAAUACCUUCCGGAGCGCGCUCGAUUGGCGUAUCAAGUACAGACGGUUGGUAAAUCAGUGCGUUAAUUUUGAACUCAAACGACAGUACUCAAUCAUGGGUUACUCCGAAGUCGAAUACUGUAUCAGCAAUCAGGAGCAGGACCCCAUUGAUUACUUAGACACAAUAUUUCUUGUGGUUUUGGGAUCCAUAAUUCUGGCUGUUAUCCUAUCGUCAUUUUUGGAUUACAAGCUGAAGGUAAAGCGAUCGGCAAACAUGAAAGGCAGCGAAUACUAUCGAACACCACUAAAAAAAGGCAUAUUCCAGAAACUAGUCCUGUUUUCGCUACCUCGAAACUGGCAAAUUCUGACAACCAAGCGACGAACCACUCUAUCGAAAGAUCUCCGUUUCAUUCAGAGUGCCCGAUUUCUCAUAAUGUAUUUGGUAAUCGCUGGCCAUUGCAUGCUGUUCAGUUGUAUUUUUCCGCUGCUGAAUCCGGAAUACGUCGAGUUUAAUUAUCGUCGGACGAUUACGAUGCUGAUUUUCAACGGAAUAACUGUGAUUCAAUCCUUUUUCAUCAUUAGCGGAUUCUUGUUGGCGGUGCAAUUCACUGACUAUUGCGAACGGAAUAAAACAUUUGCGUUAAAAGAUUUUGUUUCCAGUAUUGUGUAUCGAUACAUGAGAUUGACGCCACUCUACCUGUUCAUGAUCCUAUUCGAUGCCACAUGGCUGAUCAAACUACAGGACGGGCCCGUGUGGAAAAGAAUAGCCGAAACCGAACGAACCUUCUGCCGGAACAACUGGUGGGCCAAUUUGCUUUUCGUGAACAACUACUUUACCGUGGACGAGCCGUGUCUCCAGCAGGGCUGGUAUCUCGCUACUGAUUUCCAGCUGUUCAUCGUUGGUCUGCUUCUGCUAGCUUUUGUUAGACGUUUCCCCAAAUUGCUUCGUCCAACCCUUUUCGUUGCCGUCAUUCUGUCCCACGUAUCGCCCGCGCUCGUAACUUAUCUCAACCGCUUGGAGGGGGUGGUUUUGAUAAAACCGGAGGCACUAAAAUACGUUCUCUGGUACGACCAGGGCUACCGCCAAAUGUACAUUCCAACUCACACGAACUGUGGCAGCUAUUUGGCGGGAAUGAUUGCCGGUUUAACAUAUUAUAAACUGAAACGCAGUGAGUUCAACAUCCGGCGGCACAAACCAUUCUUAUUACUGUGGUAUUGCGCUCUUCCAGUGGCCGUUACGCUGCUGUUGUCUGCAUUUAUGUUUUAUGAAUAUGAUUUCGAGAAACCGGCCGUUUGGAUAGCAUUGUUCUCGGCACUGUCUAAGAACCUAUGGGGUCUAAUAUUUGGAGUAAUGUUUGUAGGAUUGGCGCUAGGCGUAGGCUGGUUUGUAAAACGCCUGCUAAGCUAUCCGGUGUUUCGACCUUUGGGAAAAAUAACGUACGCUGUAUAUUUGUGCCAUUUGUUUGUGAUAAGAUCUACGAUGGGUAACGCUCGACAACCUAUUUAUGUCAGCGAUAUGCAUAUAUUAGUAGCCACUUCUUCAACAUUGGUGCUGUCAUAUAUUAUGGGGCUUUUGUUAUAUUUGGGAAUUGAACUACCUUUCUCAAAUCUUUUAAAACAACUGUUCCAAAAGAAACCAGAAGCGUACUAUGAGGAAAACAUCAAUUUGGCAAAAAAUGAUGUAAAAACUGUUACAGAAAACAACGGACCUUGAACCAAUACAACUAGGCAUUGUUUAGAACUCAAAUAAUUUUUAGUUCC